AUGCUCAGCCCAACCAAGCGUUUUUUAGGGCUCUCUUUACGUCUUCACUGGUGUUCUGUUCCUGUUCGGCUACACCUGCAUUCAGGACGAAGUGAACCCCGAUUCCAAGUGGGCAGAAAUUUAUCGAGCUAUAACUCAAGAACCGCUCAAAUGGAUGGGAGCGGACAAGACAGCGGCGACAAGGCCGGCCCCAAGCCUCUCCUCCCCUCUGAGGCAAGUUCAUUGAUCGUAGCUGAGCUCAUUGGUGAGCCUGCGCCGGAAACGGACGGCUUUUACUUCCAACAGACAAUGCUCCGUAUUAAAGAUCCAAGACAGUCGCUACCCUUUUACACGAAGGUGCUCGGCAUGAGAUUGUUGAAGCAAAUGGACUUUUCGGCAGGUAAAUUUUCGUUGUACUUCAUGGGCUACAAGAGAGCAGAUGAGAUUCCGAAAGGCGAAAGAGAGAGGAACCAUUUUGCACUUUCUACCCUGGCUACCAUUGAGCUGACUCAUAAUUGGGGAACUGAAAACCAGCCUGACUUCAGCUAUCACAAUGGCAACAAGGAGCCAAAAGGAUUUGGCCACAUUGGAAUCGUUGUGCCGGACGUCGAGAAGGCUUGUGAACGUUUCGAGAAAAUGGGCGUUAAGUUCGUGAAGAAGCCACAGGAUGGAACAAUGAAAGGCCUUGCAUUUAUACAAGAUCCUGAUGGAUACUGGAUUGAGAUCUUUAAUCCGAGUAACGUUUGUUGA